CUUUUGGCGAAUUUGAGUUAAAUUUAUUUGGGGGCAAAUAAAAAUCAAGAGGCGGCCUUAAACGAACGGGGCGGCGGCGGGGGGUAAAAAAAAUCCCCAGAGAAGCCGGCUGUCGGAACUUUUGAUCCCUGCCUUCUGUGCGGCCGCUCUCCACAGUUUUCUUCCUCCCGUGCGUCUCGGUGUCGUCGCAGGCCGUUGCGUCUGCUCUGUUUGUGCAGUUUUUUUUAAUAACGCGCACCGCCGCCAUAUUGUUGUGUGGCUCGGUCCUGGUGAGAGCGGGGUUGGUGUUGGUUCAGAGAAAGGGUAACUGGGAAGAUUGAGAGUGGGGGAGAAGGGGGGCAAAGGAACGAAGAAGAAACUGCAGGAAGAACAAAAAAAUAAAGCCGUAUCUCCUCUUCCACCUCUCCCCCCCUCCCCCUCUUCAAUCUCACCCUCCCUACGCAACCAGGCUCGCAGUCCUGGCAAAGGAGACCUAAUUCCUGGUGCUGAUUUACUGGAUAUUGUUCCAUGGACAGCAGCAGCCCUCAGGCUGUGCAAUGGUCUCUGCAACACAACCUGAGCUCGAGGUGGUGCUUUUAUGUACAGAUAUAAAUUGUUUUCCCAUUUUCAUUGAGGAGGCAAUUUAUUUUUCUCUUUCAACAACCACAUAGCCAGACAAAAUUGCAAAAAUCUGUCCUGUGUCGACUAUGACAGCCACGACCCGUGGCUCUCCUGUAGGAGGGAAUGAUAACCAGGGGCAGGCUCCUGAUGGCCAGUCCCAGCCUCCUCUUCCACAGAAUCAGACCUCUUCACCUAAUACAUCAAGUGAAAACUCUCCAGUUAGCCCUCCUGAUGAACAAGGACAAGGUGAUGCUCCUCCUCAACUUGAGGAAGAGGAGCCUGCAUUUCCUCACACCGAUUUAGCAAAGCUGGAUGAUAUGAUUAAUAGGCCUCGUUGGGUGGUCCCAGUGUUGCCGAAAGGUGAAUUAGAAGUUUUACUUGAAGCUGCUAUAGACCUUAGUAAAAAAAGCCUUGAUAUUAAAAGUGAAGCAUGUCAACGCUUUUUUCGUGAUGGGCUCACAAUUUCUUUCACAAAAAUUCUAACAGAUGAGGCUGUGAGUGGCUGGAAAUUUGAAAUUCAUAGAUGUAUUAUAAAUAAUACCCAUCGCCUCAUAGAACUGUGUGUGGCCAAGCUGUCCCAGGACUGGUUUCCUCUUCUUGAACUCCUUGCAAUGGCCUUAAAUCCUCACUGCAAAUUUCAUAUCUACAAUGGUACCCGUCCCUCUGAAACUGUUCCUGCUGGAGUGCAGCUAGCUGAAGAUGAACUCUUUGCACGUCCGCCUGACCCACGUUCACCCAAGGGUUGGCUUGUGGAUCUUAUCAACAAAUUUGGGACAUUAAAUGGAUUUCAGAUUCUACAUGAUCGAUUUGUCAGUGGUUCAGCAUUAAAUGUUCAGAUAAUUGCAGCACUCAUCAAACCUUUUGGCCAGUGUUACGAAUUUCUUACCUUGCACACAGUGAAGAAGUACUUCCUUCCAAUAAUAGAAAUGGUUCCACAAUUUCUAGAAAAUCUAACAGAUGAGGAACUGAAGAAAGAAGCAAAGAAUGAAGCCAAAAAUGAUGCUCUAUCUAUGAUAAUUAAAUCGCUGAAAAAUUUAGCUUCACGGGUUCCUGGGCAGGAGGAGACGGUCAAAAGUUUAGAAAUAUUUAGGUUAAAAAUGAUAUUAAGAUUGUUACAAAUUUCAUCUUUCAAUGGGAAGAUGAAUGCACUAAAUGAAGUUAACAAGGUGAUUUCUAGUGUGUCUUAUUAUACUCAUCGCCAUGGCAGUCCUGAAGAAGAAGAAUGGUUGACAGCGGAGAGAAUGGCAGAGUGGAUUCAACAAAACAACAUUCUGUCAAUUGUGUUGCGUGACAGUCUACAUCAACCACAAUAUGUCGAAAAACUGGAGAAAAUACUUCGCUUUGUCAUAAAAGAGAAAGCUCUCACCCUACAAGAUCUUGACAAUAUUUGGGCAGCACAGGCGGGUAAACAUGAAGCGAUUGUGAAAAAUGUCCAUGAUCUACUUGCAAAAUUGGCGUGGGAUUUUUCUCCAGAACAGCUUGACCACCUUUUUGAUUGCUUUAAGGCAAGUUGGACAAAUGCAGGUAAAAAGCAGCGUGAAAAGCUUCUGGAAUUGAUCCGUCGUCUUGCUGAGGAUGACAAAGAUGGUGUUAUGGCACAUAAAGUGUUAAAUCUGCUGUGGAAUUUAGCACAUAGUGAUGAUGUACCUGUUGACAUAAUGGAUCAGGCUUUGAGCGCACACAUCAAAAUCCUGGAUUAUAGUUGUUCUCAGGAUCGGGACACCCAAAAGAUUCAGUGGAUAGAUCGUUUUGUGGAGGAACUCCGUACAAAUGACAAAUGGGUCAUUCCUGCUUUGAAGCAAAUUAGGGAAAUCUGUAGUUUAUUUGGAGAAGCACCACAAAAUUUAAGUCAGACCCAAAGAAGUCCUCAUGUGUUCUAUCGGCAUGAUUUGAUUAACCAGCUUCAACAUAAUCAUUCGUUGGUCACCUUGGUAGCUGAAAACCUCUCUGCAUAUAUGGAGAACAUACGCCAGUUUCACAAAGAGAACCCAGAGUAUGAUCCACAAACAGUACGGUCAGGAAGCCGCUAUAGUCAUGUACAAGAAGUUCAAGAAAGACUUAAUUUCUUAAGAUUUUUAUUGAAGGAUGGCCAGUUAUGGUUGUGUGCUCCUCAAGCCAAGCAGAUCUGGAAGUGUUUGGCUGAGAAUGCUGUCUACCUUUGUGAUCGUGAAGCAUGUUUCAAGUGGUUUUCAAAGCUAAUGGGAGAUGAGCCUGACUUAGACCCAGAUAUUAACAAGGACUUCUUUGAAAAUAAUGUGCUACAACUGGAUCCUUCUCUCUUGACGGAAAAUGGAAUGAAGUGCUUUGAACGGUUUUUCAAAGCGGUGAAUUGUCGAGAAGGAAAGCUUGUAGCAAAACGCCGUGCUUAUAUGAUGGAUGAUCUUGAGUUAAUUGGACUGGAAUAUCUAUGGAGGGUUGUAAUUCAAGGAAGUGAUGACAUUGCCAGUCGAGCAAUAGAAUCUGCUGAAAAAUACACAAAUCUUGGGCCGAGGUUGCAGGUUAAUCAAGUUGAGAUUCAUGAAGACUUCAUUCAGUCGUUUGAUCGAUUGAAGGCUUCCUAUGACACGUUGUGUGUCCUGGAUGGUGAUAAAGACAGUAUUAAUUGUGCAAGACAGGAGGCAAUACGGAUGGUACGUGUCUUGACAGUACUGCGCGAGUACAUAAAUGAAUGUGACAGUGACUACCAUGAAGAGCGAACAAUCCUACCCAUGUCAAGAGCUUUUCGUGGGAAGCAUGUGUCACUGGUUGUACGGUUUCCAAAUCAAGGACGUCAAGUAGAAGAUUUGGAUAUUUGGUCUCACACAAAUGACACCAUUGGGUCUGUUAGGCGCUGCAUCCUCAGUAGAAUAAAAGCCAAUAGUGCACAUACAAAGGUUGAACUGUUUAUUGGUGGUGAACUUGUAGAUCCUGCUGAUGAUAGGAAAUUGAUUGGACAGUUAAACCUUAAAGAUAAACAGUAACUUAUUACAGCCAAGCUAACACAGAUAAGUUCAAAUAUGCCAUCAAGUCCCGAUAGUUCGUCUGAUUCUUCAACUGGCUCCCCUGGAAACCAUGGUAACCACUACAGUGAUGGCCCCAAUCCUGAGGUAGAAAGCUUACCUGGAGUGAUAAUGUCUUUGCAUCCCCGAUAUAUUUCCUUUCUCUGGCAAAUUGCUGACCUGGGCAGUAGCCUAAACAUGCCACUUCUGAGAGAUGGCGCUCGUGUCCUAAUGAAACUCAUGCCUCCUGAUAACACCACAGUAGAAAAACUUAGGGCUAUUUGCUUGGAUCAUUCAAAGCUUGGUGAAAGCAGUCUCAGUCCAAACUUGGACUCGCUAUUCUUUGGACAGUCUGCCUCACAGGUGUUAUAUCUAACUGAGGUAGUAUAUGCUUUGUUGAUGCCUGCCAGUGCACCUUUGGGAGAAGAUGCAAGUGAUUUCCAAUAUAACUUCUUAAAAAGUGGUGGUGUGUCCCUUGUUCUGGGCAUGCUUACGAGGAAUAAUUUCCUGCUAAAUGCUGAUGUGGAGACACGAAGGGCUGCCUAUCUUAAUGCACUAAAAAUAGCCAAAUUAUUGCUCACGGCUGUUGGAUAUGGCCACGUUAGAGCUGUGGCAGAAGCAUUUCAGCCAGUUGUGGAAGGAUCAAGCACUGUUUCACCAAUAAAUCAUGCUACUCAUAGCCAAGCUGUAGUUCUUCAAAAUGCUCUGCACAACAUUCCUAAUCCUACUUCAGAAUGUAUGCUGAGAAAUGUAGCCAUUCGUCUUGCCCAGCAGAUUUCAGACGAGGCCUCAAAAUACAUCCCAGACAUCUGUGUUAUUAGAGCAGUCCAAAAAAUUGUUUGGGCCUCGGGCUGUGGCUCAAUACAGCUUGUAUUCAGUUCAAGUGAAGACAUCAGCAAAAUAUAUGAAAAAACAAAUGCAGGAAGUGAGCCAGAUUCUGAAGAUGAGCAUGUUUGCUGUGAAGCCCUGGAGGUGAUGACACUGUGCUUUGCACUGGUUCCAACGGCACUAGAUACACUUAGUAAAGAAAAGGCAUGGCAGACCUUCAUAAUUGAUUUGCUGCUCCACUGUCACAGCAAAGCAGUUAGGCAGAUGGCCCAAGAGCAGUUCUUUCUAAUGGCUACCAGGUGCUGUAUGGGACAUCGACCGCUCCUUUUCUUCAUUACUCUGCUCUUCACAGUAUUAGCAAGUACUGCAAGAGAGAGAGCAAAACAUUCAGCAGAUUACUUCACACUUUUAAGGCAUCUGCUUAACUACGCGUACAACAGUAACAUUAACCUGCCUAACGCAGAAGUUCUGCUCAACAAUGAAAUUGACUGGCUCAAGAGGAUUAGAGAUGAGGUGAAGCGAACAAGUGAAACUGGUGUUGAAGAAACAAUUCUGGAGGGUCAUCUUGGAGUUACAAAGGAGCUAUUGGCAUUCCAGACACCUGAAAAGAAAUUUCAUAUAGGUUCAGAAAAAGGAGGGGCUAAUCUUAUUAAGGAGCUGAUAGAUGACUUCAUCUUUCCAGCCUCUAAUGUAUACCUACAAUACAAGAAGAGUGGAGAGUUGCCAUCUGAACAAGCAAUUCCUGUCUGCAGUGCACCUGCUGCAAUCAAUGCUGGCUUUGAGUUGCUGGUAGCAUUGGCUGUUGGUUGUGUACAAAACCUCAAACAAAUAGUGGACACUAUAACAGAUAUGUAUUAUGCAGGUUGUGAAGCACUGACGGAGUGGGAGUACUUACCACCAGUAGGACCACGUCCAUCGAAAGGAUUUGUGGGAUUAAAGAAUGCUGGUGCUACUUGUUACAUGAAUUCUGUUAUUCAGCAGCUAUAUAUGAUUCCAGCUAUUAGAAAUGGUAUCCUUACUAUCGAAGGCACUGGUAGUGAUGUUGAUGAUGAUACAUCUGGGGACGAAAAGCAGGACAAUGAGAGUAAUGUUGAUCCUAGAGAUGAUGUUUUCAGUUACCACCACCAUUAUGACAAACCAGUAAUUGGAAAAACUGAAGAUCGGAAGGAAUAUAAUAUUGGGGUUCUUAGACAUCUUCAGGUCAUUUUUGGCCAUUUGGCUGCCUCCAGAUUGCAGUACUAUGUGCCUAGAGGUUUCUGGAAACAAUUCAGGCUUUGGGGUGAACCAGUCAAUCUUCGAGAGCAGCAUGAUGCUUUGGAGUUCUUCAACUCACUAGUGGAUAGCCUGGAUGAAGCGUUGAAAGCUCUUGGCCAUGCAACAAUGCUCAGCAAAGUUCUUGGUGGUUCCUUUGCUGAUCAGAAGAUAUGUCAAGGCUGUCCUCACAGGUAUGAAUGUGAGGAAUCCUUCACAACACUGAAUGUUGACAUUAGAAAUCAUCAAAACCUGCUUGACUCACUUGAGCAGUAUGUCAAAGGAGAUUUACUGGAAGGUGCCAAUGCAUAUCAUUGUGAGAAAUGUAACAAAAAGGUGGAUACGGUGAAACGUUUGUUAAUAAAGAAGUUGCCUCCAGUUUUAGCAAUUCAACUCAAGCGAUUUGACUAUGACUGGGAAAGGGAAUGUGCAAUUAAAUUCAAUGACUAUUUUGAGUUUCCUCGAGAGCUGGACAUGGAGCCUUACACAGUGGCUGGAGUUGCCAAAUUGGAAGGGGAUGACAUCAACCCAGAAAAUCAGUUGAUCCAAAAUGACCAGCCAGAUAAUGAACAACCUGGUAGCACUAAAUAUAGACUAGUUGGUGUGUUGGUGCAUAGCGGUCAGGCCAGUGGUGGACAUUACUAUUCAUAUAUCAUUCAACGAAAUGGUGGAGAUGGUGAAAAAAACAAGUGGUAUAAGUUUGACGAUGGUGAUGUAACUGAGUGCAAAAUGGAUGACGAUGAAGAAAUGAAAAACCAGUGUUUUGGUGGUGAAUAUAUGGGCGAAGUGUUUGAUCAUAUGAUGAAACGUAUGUCAUACAGGCGACAAAAACGAUGGUGGAAUGCCUACAUCCUUUUUUAUGAACGAAUGGACACAAUAGAUAAAGAUAACGAAUUAAUUAAGUACAUUUCUGAGCUUGAGAUUAGCAUUAAACCACACCAGAUAAAAAUGCCAAUUGUCAUUGAGCGAAGCGUACGGAAACAGAAUGUGCAAUUUAUGCACAACAGAAUGCAGUACAGUUUGGAGUACUUCCAAUUCAUUAAGAAACUUUUAACAUGUAACAGUGUCUACCUGAAUCCUCCACCUGGGCAAGAUCAUCUAUUAUCAGAAGCUGAAGAACUGGCUAUGAUAAGUAUUCAACUUGCUGCAAGAUUCUUGUUUAAUACCGGGUUUCACACAAAGAAAAUAGUCCGAGGUCCAGCAAGUGAAUGGUAUGAUGCAUUGUGUAUCCUGCUUCGUCAUAGCAAGAAUGUACGCUGUUGGUUUGCACAUAAUGUUCUUUUUGCCUAUCCAAAUCGCUUCUCAGAGUACCUUCUGGAGUGCCCUAGCACUGAAGUAAGGAGUGCUUUUGCUAAACUCAUAGUAUUUAUUGCACAUUUUUCAUUGCAAGAUGGACCAUGCCCUUCACCAUUUACAUCCCCAGGACCUUCCACUCAGGCCUUUGAUAAUUUAAGUCUCAGUGAUCACCUUCUCAGAGCUGUUCUUAAUCUACUGCGACGAGAAGUAUCUGAGCACGGGCGGCACUUGACACAGUACUUCAAUCUCUUUGUUAUGUAUGCAAAUCUGGGUGUGGCAGAAAAGACACAAUUACUUAAACUGAAUGUGCCUGCAACGUUUAUGCUGGUAGCUCUGGAUGAAGGCCCAGGACCACCUAUCAAAUACCAGUAUGCUGAACUGGGAAAACUUUAUGCUGUGGUAUCACAGUUAGUCCGUUGCUGUGAUGUAUCAUCACGCAUGCAGUCCUCAAUUAAUGGAAAUCCACCUCUGUCAAAUCCUUAUGGUGAUCCUAAUUUGUCCCAGCCUAUAAUGCCAAUCCAGCAGAGUGUGGCAGAUAUCCUGUUUGUACGAACUAGUUAUGUGAAAAAGAUUAUUGAAGACUGCAGCAAUUCUGAAGAGACCAUCAAACUGCUUCGCUUUUGUUGCUGGGAGAAUCCACAGUUUUCUUCCACUGUACUCAGUGAACUCCUCUGGCAGGUGGCAUAUUCUUACACCUAUGAACUUAGGCCCUACUUAGAUCUUCUGUUGCAAAUCUUGCUUAUAGAAGACUCAUGGCAAACCCACAGGAUUCAUAAUGCCCUAAAGGGAAUUCCUGAUGACAGAGAUGGGCUUUUUGACACGAUCCAGCGUUCUAAAAACCAUUAUCAGAAGAGAGCAUAUCAGUGUAUUAAAUGCAUGGUUGCCCUCUUCAGCUCCUGUCCCGUAGCCUACCAGAUUCUCCAGAGUAAUGGUGACUUGAAACGAAAAUGGACCUGGGCAGUGGAGUGGCUUGGCGAUGAACUGGAACGGAGGCCGUAUGCUGCAAAUCCUCAGUAUACCUACAACAACUGGUCUCCGCCUGUACAAAGCAAUGAAACCUCAAAUGGCUACUUCCUUGAGAGAUCACAUAGUGCCAGGAUGACUCUUGCAAAAGCAUGUGAACUGUGUCCUGAAGAGGAGCCCGAUGAUCAAGAUGCACCAGAUGAUCAUGAUUCAUCCCCACCAGAAGAUGCUCCUUUAUACCCGCAUUCACCAAACUCCCAGUAUCAACAGAAUAACCAUGUGCAUGGUCAGCCAUACACAGGUCCAGUGGCACAUCAUAUGAACAACCCUCAACGAACUGGUCAGCGAGCACAAGAAAAUUGGGAAAGCAGUGAAGAUAUUCCUGCAUCACAGACAAAAGAUUAACACAGAUAAUUCUCCAAUGUACCUGAUAAAGACACUGGCUCAAGCACAUGCCCAGGCCUUACAGUUCACUUCUCUGGGUCCGUCUACACCAGUGAAACAAAUACCUUUUUAACAAAAAUAUACUGUCCGACCUGGAGUGGGAAGAGUCUAUUCACUGUCUGCCCUGCAGAGCAAUGCUGUUGACAUAUAACCUGCCUGCAGUGGAAAAGUGUAUAGUGUUUUGUAAUAAAUGGCCUGAUGCUAAUGUAUAAAUGGCAAGGUGUAUAUAGUAUAUUAAUGUUUGACUGUUAAAUCCUCAGCAAUGCAGAUUUGCUUGAGGAGUGUUGCAGACCUUCAAACCACACAAAUCUAAUCUUUGCUUUAUCAGCUGUGCUCAGCUUUGAGGGUAAUCUGCCGAAUGGCAGUGUGGAUCAGAUUAUUUUCAAAAUACAUGGCCAUGUCAACCAGACGGAAGAAACAUGUUAACUCAUGCCACCGGAGUUGCUUUUCCUUUGGGUUAUUUGAUGGUGACUUUUUAACAUUUGGUUGAUGUGGGACAAUGGUGAUGUAUUGUUGCUCUGGAACUCUUUUUUUCAUUGCCUUUUUCAUUCUGGUCUUAGUUGAAUCAUUUUGAAGCUCUAGUUAUGCUGUAACAUUUAGCAUGGCUUCACAUCAGAUUAGUGUAGCCAAUGAAAGAUGAUGAUCCUAAUGACAGCAGUUUUUUUAAUCCCUGACCUGAGCAAAAAAAAAUGCUCUGCUCAGAGCUUUUUUUCCUUUUCUGUUACACCUUGAUGGUUCAAUUGGAGAAAAAUGUGAGUAUAAGUGGCUUUCAAUUGCACAUAUAUUCAGAUCUAAUAUUUGGCAGUCUAUGGGUGGGAUAAAGGAUUAUUAGUUUUGAAUUAUAGGAAUUUAAAGGAAAAAAAAUAUAUGCAACAGUUGCUAUGCCAGGAUGCCUGGAGCAUAAUAGACAGUACAUGGUGUGCUUGUUUUAUUUCCUUGGUAGAGCUUACUUAGAUUAACUUCUAAACUUCCCUCCUAUUGCAACUCAGUGAAGUAGAAUUAAAUCAAGAUGUACAUGACUGCCGCUGUGGGGACAGCUCACUAAUUUGUUGCAGUCACAAUUCUACUUGAAAGCAGGAAAUUGUCUUAGCUCCUUGUCCAUCCUGUCAGCCUAAUUCAGAUAUAAGCAGGAUUGUAAUUUUAAGAAAAACUGCUGGUUAGUCAUGAUUCUUGCAGGAUUCUCACUUAAUUCCAAAAGUAGCCUUUUGUUUAUGGAUUUUGAGGAAAUAAUCAGUAAAUACUGUAUUUAAAAAAAAAUUGGUAACUUGAAUGUGUAUUUUUUUGGAAUUUGUCUCAAACCAAAUACCCCUGCAAAACAGACUCAACCCAUCCUAUUAUAUUUAAAUAUUUUGCAGUUUUAUUUUAUAGAAAUUAUUUUGCUGAAUUCAAAAGAAGAACAUGAAUUAAAAGGAACAUUUUGUCCUGUGUUCUUAUUUAAAAAAAAACAAAAAAAAUUGACUGUGCAGAGUUCCAUGCCAUGUGUGACUUUGGCUUUGGCCAUGACGUGACAUUGAAUUCUGAAACUACAGUCGCACUGUGACCUUUCACUUGGUAUUUUUUUGUGCACAGAGGUAUACUUACAACUAAACUCCCCCUAGCAACAAUAAAGAAAUUGAAUUAUUGACACAGUGAA